AUGCCAGAACCGAUACUGGACGACGAGGAGCAAUACGACUCUUCAGCAGACUCCGACUUCGCCCCCGAAAAUGACCAGGGCGCUGAUUCAGAGGCGUCAGCGUCCGAGGACAACGGCGACGACGGAAAAGCUGCCAAAGACCGAAAAGAUGGCGAGUCACCAAGGAAAAAACAGCGUGUCGCCAAUGAUGGAGAUGCAGAGGAUGCGGGAUACGAUAACUCAGGCGACGAGGCCAUAAUCAAGAGAGGCGAAAAGAAGCGCGCAAAGGCCAAGUCCAAAGCGAAAACGUCGAACGAAGACGACGAUGAGGGCGGAGAGGGAGGCUUAAUCAAGACUCGCCAUCAGCGCGCAGCCGAAAAGGAGGAGCGCCGCAUGGCUGUGAACACCGGACCCGUUACAAUCGACGUCGAUGCUGUUUGGCAGCAGAUGUUGGCAGGCAAACCUGCUUCAAAACCGGCCGAGAGAGUCGAUCAGAGCGAACAAGGUGCAGAUUCGAAUACAGGCACGGAGAAAGCUACGGCGUCGGCCGCAGCGAGCGACGAUCCGUCGGAACUGGUCCGCAUCAAGCGUACCUACAACUUCGCCGGCCAAGUUCACACCGAGGAGAAGAUGGUACAUCGGGACUCUGCAGAAGCCAAACUAUAUUUCGCCUCGGAAGGUCAAGAGGUCCCAGCCAAUGUCCCGCCAGCCAAGCGCGUAGCAAAGAAGGCUUUUCGAUCCGCUUUCGAGCCGCUCACAGACCCUCUCCCACAACGCGCGGAUCUCAACCUUGGUAUGGCAGCAAGGAUGCAAGCCGGCAAGGACGCACAGGCGAAGAAACUCAACACUGUCGAGAAGAGUCGCAUGGAUUGGGCAGGGUACGUGGACAAGCAGGGUAUCAAGGACGAACUGGAACUGGCAGGGAAGUCAAAACACUCAUACACGGCUCGCGAAGAUUUCCUUGCUCGAAGCGAAGCAAGGAGAGAGGACGACGCAAGACGGGCCCGGCUCACGGGACGAGCAUGA